AUGACAUUUUGGAUGGUAUUUGCGUAUAGUUAUUUAAUUAACUAUCGUUACACAUGGUAUUAUCGAUAUAAUACAAAUGAAGCAGAUUUACACAUAGAAAUGAAUCAACAAUUUCGAUAUGCAGAAAUCUAUUGGAAUCAACUAAUAAGAAGACAAGAAUUGAAUUCGAAUUAUAAUUUUACGUCAGAUAUUUGUCCAAUUUUAAUAACAUCACCUCGUAAUCAACAUCCAACAUUACAUUAUACUCUUUCUUCACUUGUUUCAUCAAUGACACACGAAGAUAAAUUAAAAACAAAGAUUUUUAUCUAUAAUUCAGCAAUGCCACCGUCCCUUCAUAAAUAUGCUGAACAGUUAUCUCAGGCAAAACUAACUUUUUUUGAAAUUAUCAAUUCUUCUUCAAUUCAUUUCGACUUUGUUCAUCGAAAUGUGAAAUUCAAUUCUCAAUCUGAUCAAUGGGCAUUCAAUGAAGCUCUCGAUUAUCUAAUUGCUUUAUCAAUAUGUGAAAAACAAAAUUCGAUCAAUCAUCAAAAUUUGCAAUUUAUUUAUCCUUUCAAACAUGAAAUAUAUAUUAUGCAAUCAUCGACAGCUGGAGCUCUUGCGCAAAUCUAUUCAUCAAAUGUCGUUAAACCAUUGAAGUUAUUUCUAUUGAAACAGAUCAAUUCAAAUCAAACAAUACCAAUUGAUAUUCAACUAAAUCAAUUUUUUGAAGAAUAUCGUUCAUCUUUUCCACAAUGUCAUGCUACACCAGAUCUAGUGGAUCAUAUCGGAGUUUAUUCAUCAAAUACAAACAAAAAUCAAGGAAAUUUUCUAGUCAUAAAAAAGAGUGGCACGUUCGAAAAUGAUCAAGCAUCAUUUCCCUUGACAUUCGAAUAA